GAGUUUGUCUUCAUAUUUGUGGACUGAAACCGUUGAAGAUGUUUGACAGAUUCUGGUUCUGUUUGUGUUUCUGGCGUCUGGUUGGUGUGUUUGGGGAAAUGAAGUACGUGAAAAUCGGACAUUCAGUCACUCUAAACUCUGGUCUUUCUGAAAUGAUGGAUGAGGAUCUGAUUCAGUGGAGAUCUGAAAACAGAUUAAUAGCUGAAAUCAAUGUGACGGCUGGCAGAUUCUCUGUAUAUGAGGAUGUUCAUAAAGGGAUAUUCAGAGACAGACUGAAGCUGGAUGAUAAAACUGGAUCUCUGACCAUCACUAACAUCACAACUGAACAUGCUGGAGUUUAUAGAUUAUAUACAGUAGAGACCAACACUGUGAUCGAGAGUUUCCUGCUCCGUGUCUAUGAUGAAAUAUCAGUGAAGGAGGGAGAUUCAGUCACUCUGAACUCUGAUCUUACUGAAAUAGAUUAUGAUCGGAUUCAGUGGGAGUUUGAAAACAGUUUAAUAGCUGAAAUCAAUGUGACGGCCGGCAGAUUCUCUGUAAAUGAUGAUGCUCUUGACGGGAGAUUCAGAGACAGACUGAAGCUGGACGAUCAAACUGGAUCUCUGAUCAUCACUAACAUCACAACUGAACAUGCUGGACGUUAUGAACUCGUGAUCGACCGUAUGAGGAAAUCGUUCUUUCUCAAUGCUGUCAAUGAAGAAAUAUCAGUGAAGAAGGGAGAUUCAGUCACUCUGAACUCUGAUCGUAUUGAAAUAAUGAAUGGUGUUUUGAUAGAGUGGAGGUUUGGAGCUGAAUUAACUUUAUUAGCUGAGAUCAGUAAAAGGGGUGAUGGAUUCUCUGUAUAUAAGGAUGUUCUUGAUGAGAGAUUCAGAGACAGACUGAAGCUGGACAAUCAAACUGGAUCUCUGACCAUCACUAACAUCACAACUGAACAUGCUGGACGUUAUUUACAUAUAAGACCAAAACAUUUGAAUCUAAACCAGUCAUUAAAAGCUUUCCGUGUUUCUGUCUAUGCUCGUCUGCCUGUUCCUGUCAUCAGCAGUAACUCUUCACAAUGUUCUUCAUCCUCAUCAUCAUCCUCAGAGCAGAAUUGUUCAUUGGUGUGUUCAGUGGUGAAUGUGGGUCAUGUGACUCUCUCCUGGUACAAAGGAAACAGUUUAUUGUCCAGCAUCAGUGUGUCUGAUCUCAGCAUCAGUCUCUCUCUACCUCUGGAGGUGGAAUAUCAGGAUAAAAACAGCUACAGCUGUGUGCUCAACAAUCCCAUCAGCAACCAGACUCAACAUCUGGACAUCACUCAGCUCUGUCACACAUCUGCAGACUCUGUCCACUGCUGUGGUUCUACUGAAGCUGUGAUCCGAUUGGUCCUCUCUGCUCUGGUGGGCGUGGCUACUGUCAUUUUUCUGGUUUAUGAUAUCAGAUCCAGAAGAGCUGAACAAGAUCAAACAUAA